ACAAAAGACUAACCAUAAAUACUAACUAUUCAUUUUCAAUAAUUUGUAUAUCAUAACAAUGGUUAGAAAUAUUUGAAAUAAUAUGUAUUUUUUCAACUUCAAUUUAUUUAAAUAUAGCAAAUUUCCAAAAGUUUUUAUUUCUAAAAAAUAUAGUAGUUUUUUAGUGAAUAAUAGUAAGUAUUCCUUUUUGAAGGAUUUGGAUUUAUGUGAAGAAAAUGAUGGAGUUUAUGAUGGAAAAUGGAAAGCAAAUGGAAAUUUAAUUACUUCUAUGUGUCCAUCAAAUGGACAACCAAUAGCAACAGUUCGUACAGGUAAUAAAGAAGACUAUGAAAGAUGUGUAUCAAAUGCAUUAAAAGCAUGGAGCAUUUGGUCUGAUAUACCUGCACCUAAACGUGGUGAUAUUGUUAGACAAAUUGGUAAUGCAUUAAGAAGUAAAAUAUUACCUCUUGGAAAAUUAGUAUCGUUGGAAAUGGGUAAAAUUUUAGCUGAAGGCAUUGGAGAAGUACAAGAAUAUAUAGACAUAUGUGAUUAUGCUGUUGGUUUAUCUCGGAUGUUUAAUGGUUCAAUAUUUCCAUCGGAAAGGUUGAAUCAUAUUAUGCUUGAACAGUGGAAUCCAUUGGGUAUAGUUGGUGUGAUAAGUGCAUUCAAUUUCCCUGUUGCUGUUUACGGUUGGAACAGUGCUAUAUCAAUGGUAUGUGGUAAUUCAGUAAUAUGGAAAGGAUCUCCUUCUACUUCUUUAACAUCAGUAGCAACUACAAAAAUAAUAUCGUCAAUUUUAGAAAAGAAUAAUAUUCCUGGAUCAGUUCUUUCAUUGUGUACUGGUGAUUUAGAUGUAGGAAUAUCAAUGGUAAAAGAUACACGUAUAAACCUUCUUUCAUUUACUGGGAGCUGCUCAGUUGGCCAGCAAGUCGGUCUUGAAGUACAAAAACGUUUUGGACGUGUUCUACUGGAACUUGGUGGUAAUAAUGCUAUAAUUGUAACACCUGAUGCUGAUCUUAAUACAGUAGCUCAAUCAAUAGUUUUUGCUUGUUGUGGUACAGCGGGCCAAAGAUGUACUACCACAAGACGGCUUAUUUUACAUGAAUCAAUAUAUAAUGAAGUUUUAGAUAAUCUUAUAAUAUCUUACUCAAAUGUUAUCAAAAGAUUAGGGGACCCCCUUGAUAAAAAUACUUUGUAUGGACCUUUACAUUCAAUAAACAGCAUAGAAAAUUUCAAGAAAACUAUAUCUGAAGCUACAUUAAAUGGUGGUAAAAUUGAGUUUGGAGGAAAAGUUUUAGAUAUACCAGGAUAUUUUGUUGAACCAACUAUUAUAAGUGGUCUGAAACACGAUUCGCAUGUUGUGUGUCGAGAAACAUUUGCUCCCAUUGUUUAUAUUUUAAAAUACAAAAAUUUAGAUGAAGCAAUUGCAUGGAAUAAUUCUGUAGAUCAAGGGUUAUCUUCAAGUAUUUUUACAAAUAAUAUUGAGACUAUUUAUAAAUGGAUUUCUCAUAAAGGAUCAGAUUGCGGUAUUGUUAAUGUAAAUAUACCUACAAAUGGUGCAGAAAUAGGUGGAGCUUUUGGUGGAGAAAAACAUACUGGAGGUGGACGUGAAUCUGGUUCAGACUCAUGGAAACAAUAUAUGAGAAGAUCGACUAUAACUAUAAAUUGUGGAUCUAGAUUAACUUUAGCUCAAGGAAUAAAAUUUGAUUAAUUUUAUUAUAUUAUUUUUUGUUUACUAAUGAAUUUUCCAAACAAUUUUUAUUAAUAUUUUUUUUUUCUUUUAAUACUAUCUGAUUUGUUUAUAAAUGGUUGAAAAAUCUUUUAUAUCAUAAAUACUAAAACUAAUUCCAAA